CCUGAGGGCAUCAAUUUUCCUCUCAUUAAUUAAAAACAGCUUCCGCCCUUUUUUUUAUUUGGUGCUGCAUGAUAGACGGAUGCGAAAAGCAAAAGAAAAGACUCAGCAGGGGCUCAAAUCCAUAACUAGCGCGAGGCCGAGGAGAUCAACGACAUCGAGGGCGCAUGAUUCCGAUUUCUUUUUUCAAGAAGAAGAAAGGGGGGAAAUUGAGCAUCAACUAAAUAGGCAUGAUAAUAUGUAUGCGGGGCCCCUUUUUUGCUCUUGCUUCUUGGCUACAAGGUCUGGUAGGGACUGUUUCUCUCGGAGUUUGCUUCUGUUCCCUCCUUUGAGUUGUAUUUUUUGAGAAGUCCAUACUAGAUGCGUCUGUGCAAUAGGAGCCUCUUCUUAGCUCCUAGUAGCCAGCGGAAUCAUGCAGUUCACUACUGGCAAACCCGCACCGAACUUCCUCAAAUGAGAUUUUUGACUUGUAGGCAGUAAGCAAAAAGCUCCAAAAGUUAUAGAGACGACGAAGCGCAUAUGAGUUGCCCAUAUGUGAUUCUUGUAUGACUCAAAAUCCCUCCCAAUAACUGGAAAGCUUUAUUGUAAAAAAGUAUAACAAGACAAAGAAACAAAAGCUGAGUCCAGUAAAGCUUUCCUGUAUUCGUCUCUCUAUAACAGCGCCAAAGAGCAGCGCUGCCCGUCCAGAUGCACGCAGCAUCUACAGCUAUCCAUCUAGAGUCCACAAAAUUGCAAAGAUCCCUGUGAUCAUUUUUUUCCGCCCUUUAGGUUAGAUAGGAGGUGUCAGGGGGCGAGGUAGUGAUAUAGGCUCGCACACCUGAGGACGUAGGCUCCCUUACUAGCUGUAUGUGGGUCAUUCCCGACGGUGGAGCGUGGUUUUAUAUGAGAACCAGGUAAGGCUUCACUGCCGAAACGACGAAGAAACGUUGGUCCAGCGUAGCACUGUCAAAUGGCGACCGAACCUAUGCACAGCUAAGGUUUUCUAGCCACGGCAGUGUUGCUCACUCCGUACCGGGUCCCGUGCGAGCAACCGUAGCCAGCGAAGUGGAGAGGGAAACCACUGUUCAGACGUUACCGGAGAAAUUUGGUAGCGAUUGGAUCCCGGGAGCGCACCCACAGAACUUGACCAUGAACCUGUGAAGAACACGACGGCAGCGAUCCCCGAUCAUUUUCAUCAAAACUCCGAUCAGAAGUUGCUAUUGUGAUCUUUAUAAGUUUAUGGCUAAGAUUAUGUUUUCAAAAAAAA